UUCGCGGGCGUCUAGCGGCGGCGGCGGCGGGGCGGGCCGCCCGGGCGCGGGGCGUCGUCAUCUGCAUUCACAUGGGGGAGGCGGGGGCAGCGCCGGCCGCCGCGGCAUCCGCGUGAAGCCCCGGCCCGGGAAAAAGAGAGCUUUCCUUUUUUUUGGGGGGGGGGGGGGGGACAUCCAAAAAAUUAACGAUCCGAGGGUCUCCUGCGCGGUGCGCUGCCGCCGCUCGCCGGAGCCCGGCUCCUCCUGGCCGCGGCCAUGAAUUCAGCGGAGCAGACCGUUACGUGGCUGAUCACUCUGGGCGUGCUGGAGUCGCCCAAAAAGACCAUCUCGGACCCGGAGGGAUUUUUGCAGUCGUCUCUGAAAGACGGCGUGGUGCUGUGCAGGCUGCUGGACCGCCUGCUCCCCGGCACCAUCGAGAAAGUAUACCCGGAGCCGCGCACGGAGGGCGAGUGCCUGAGCAACAUCCGCGAGUUCCUGCGGGGCUGCGACGCCUCCCUCCGCCUGGAGACUUUCGAUGCAAAUGAUCUUUAUCAGGGACAGAAUUUCAGCAAGGUUCUCAGCUCUCUAGUUGCUUUAAAUAAGGUGACUGCAGACAUAGGGCUGGGAAGUGACUCUGUAUGUGCUCGGCCCUCAUCUCAUCGGAUAAAAUCUUUUGAUUCCCUUGGAUCCCAGUCUUUGCACAGUAGAACUUCAAAACUCUUUCAGGGACAGUAUCGGAGUUUGGACAUGACAGAUAACAGCAACCAUCAGUUGGUGGUGAGAGCAAAAUUUAAUUUUCAACAGACAAAUGAAGAUGAACUUUCUUUUUCAAAAGGAGAUAUUAUUCAUGUUACAAGAGUGGAAGAAGGAGGCUGGUGGGAAGGAACUCUAAAUGGCAAAACAGGGUGGUUUCCAAGUAACUACGUACGAGAAAUAAAAUCAAAUGAAAAACCGGUCUCCCCCAAAUCAGGUACAUUGAAGAGUCCUCCUAAAGGCUUUGAUACGUCUGCAAUUAGCAAAAGCUAUUACAAUGUGGUGCUACAAAAUAUUUUAGAAACAGAAAAUGAAUAUGCUAAGGAGCUACAGACAAUGCUUUCAAACUACCUGCGACCAUUACAAGCCAGUGAAAAGUUAAACUCAGCAAACACUUCAUACUUAAUGGGAAACCUGGAAGAAAUAAGUUCUUUCCAGCAAAUGCUUGUACAGUCUUUAGAAGAAUGUACCAAGUUGCCUGAAGCUCAGCAGAGGGUUGGAGGAUGUUUUCUAAAUUUGAUGCCACAAAUGAAAAGCUUAUACCUUGCAUACUGUGCCAACCAUCCAUCAGCAGUGAAUGUUCUCACAGAACACAGUGAGGAGCUAGGAGAAUUCAUGGAGAUGAAAGGUGCCAACAGCCCUGGGAUCCUUGUAUUGACCACAGGCCUCAGCAAACCUUUUAUGCGUCUGGAUAAAUACCCCACGUUACUCAAAGAACUUGAAAGGCACAUGGAGGAUUAUCAUCCGGAUCGGACAGAUAUACAGAAAUCCAUGACUGCCUUCAAAAAUCUUUCUGCACAAUGUCAAGAAGUACGGAAACGGAAAGAACUUGAACUGCAAAUACUGACAGAAGCUAUCCGUUGUUGGGAGGGAGAGGACAUUAAAACUCUUGGCAGUGUAAUUUACAUGUCCCAGGUCAUGAUUCAGUGUGCUGGAAGUGAGGAAAAAAAUGAAAGAUACCUUCUUCUCUUCCCUAACAUUUUGCUAAUGUUGUCUGCCAGCCCGAGAAUGAGUGGGUUCAUCUAUCAGGGGAAACUACCAAUGACAGGAAUGACAAUCACAAAGCUAGAAGACAGUGAAAAUCAUAAAAAUGCAUUUGAAAUAUCAGGAAAUAUGAUUGAAAGGAUACUAGUGUCUUGUAACAACCAACAGGAUUUGCAUGAAUGGGUGGACCACCUGCAGAAGCAAACCAAAGUCACAACUGUUGGGAAUCCCACCAUUAAACCUCACUCUGUGCCAUCUCACACACUUCCCUCCCAUCCGGUAACACCCUCCAGCAAGCAUUCAGACAGCAAGCCAAUACCACUGACUCCUGCUUACCACACUCUUCCACAUCCAUCCCAUCAUGGGACUCCACAUACCGUGAUAAACUGGGGACCUCUGGAACCUCCUAAAACUCCCAAGCCUUGGAGUCUGAGCUGUUUAAGGCCUGCACCUCCGUUACGGCCUUCAGCAGCUCUUUGUUAUAAAGAGGAUCUCAGUAAAAGCCCUAAAACCAUGAAAAAGCUGCUUCCCAAACGCAAGCCGGAACGGAAGCCAUCAGAUGAAGAGUUUGCACUGAGAAAAAGAGCUUCCACUGAGCUGGGUAUUGGAAAUCUGGGUAUAGCUGCUGAUUCGAAGACUAGUUGCUUCCAAGGUACAGCUGCUUUAGAAGAAGACGCACAAAUUCUUAAAGUCAUUGAAGCGUAUUGCACAAGUGCCAAAACACGUCAAACACUAAAUUCAAGUUCCCGUAAAGAAUCAGCUCCUCAAGUCCUGCUUCCGGAAGAAGAGAAAAUUAUUGUAGAAGAAACUAAAAGUAAUGGUCAGACUGUUAUAGAAGAGAAAAGCCUUGUUGACACGGUAUAUGCAUUAAAGGAUGAAGUACAGGAAUUAAGACAGGAUAACAAAAAGAUGAAGAAAUCAUUGGAAGAAGAACAAAGAGCUCGCAAGGACUUGGAGAAGCUAGUUAGAAAAGUUCUAAAGAACAUGAAUGACCCAUCUUGGGAUGAAACCAACUUAUAACUAAUUUUUUUUUUCUUUCUAUUGAAAGACCAGUUGUAAAACUGAGCUGGGAAGCCUUCUGACAUUAGUCAGUGUUGCAUCAAGAGCACUACAAAACAGGAUUUAACUGGAUCUAGUGUUUUUUUUUCUUGCUCUGAACGCAUAGAAACAGCCAAGCCAUUCACUGAAGCAAUCUAUACUUUAAAUGGGGAGACCAUGGAUCCUGAACUCUACUAAACUUAAUUUGUUUGCAUCUAAAUUACCUCAUUUUGCAGAAAGUGCAGCACCUGACUAAAAGUCCAUGUUUUUCAGUGGCUUUUUAAUUAAAUAUAUAUUUUUCUUGUAAAUAUCUGUAAUUUUGAAUGCAUAUGUGAUUGAUGUAUCAGGGCUGAUAUGUUAUUUUUUCCUCCUGUUAUUAUAAUGGUCACAAGUGUUAGAAAUGUUGGCAGUACUGUCUCACCUAUGGAAGGUCAGAGUUCUUUGUGGAUAAUUACGGAUUUGUUCCAAAUUACCCAUUCAUCACACAAACAAAUUUUAAAAGGUGUUUUUUCUAUCGGCCACUGUAUUUAAAACCUUUUAUUUAUGCUUGUGCAUACAUUUUUAAACAGUUUACAAUUCUUUAAAAACAGUAUGAAAGCAAAAUGCAGAAAAUUGUUUAUUGACAAUAGAAGUAAUUUUUAACAAAACAAAUGCCCAUGAUUUACAUCUAUUUACAUUUAUUUGGUGAAUUAAUUUGCUGUGCUUUGGCCACCAAAAGACUGAUGUACUUGCCUGCUUUUUAUGACUGUGAUUUUUAGGUGUUUAUGUACUACAUUUUCUAUUGUUGGGCUUAAAUAUACAGCUGGCUGAUAAUUUAACGGAUCAUACAGUUUGUUAAAGCAAAAAAAUCAAUCAGAUUCAUUUUUUGUGAAUAAAUUGUUGCUAUUUAUUUUUUAUGGUCACAACAAUUAAAUUCUAGGUAACCUUUGUGCAUAAGGCACAUGGCCUAGGCCAAACUUCAUUCAGAGCUCUCUUCUUAUACCACUAUAUGAUAUUCUUUUUUGUUUAGAAUUUCCAGACUGUGGAAGCAGAGUCAGUCAUUCCUUUCCCAUCCUGUUUUCUCAGUAUAUUACUGGUUUCCAUCCCACUAGAAUUUAAACAAACAAAUCUGGAAGUAAAGUUUUGUUCAUCAUAUUGAAAUUCUUAAUUUGCACCUCUGACAGAUAUGACAAUACAUACAGUGAAUAUCAUUGAAAACCUUUCUUCCUUAGUCUGGUAGGUGCAAUUACUGCAAUCCUUUCCUGUAUUUAAAUUAGGAGGAGAUGCCAUGUUACUGCAAAGGGUGAGCUUCAGUUGGAGCACUUAACAUACUAAAUCCCUUAAAGCUCAUUGUAGAAGUUUCAUUGAUUUCAGUAGGCUUUGGGUCAAGCUCUAACAGUCCAGUUUUCUGUGGUGUUUUUCUGCAGUUAACAGCCAAAAGUGCAAGUAUAGCACAGACGAAGUUGCACCUUUGGUAGUCCUGAUUUUCUAAUGCCCUUUAACUGGUGUUAAAUUUAAUGCUUGGACUUGAACAAAUAUUUAUAAACUUUGUGAAGUUGGAGCCUGGAUGAUUAUGAUGAUAACAAUUUUCAUGUGCAGUUUGAAUCUGAUGAAAAAUGUAUUUUUAAAGCUGUUCUUGGCUGAGAAAAGUGGAUAGUUUUUUUUUUUCCUCUGCAAUAGGAAACAGUAUCAAAGAUUAUGUAUUUGAGAAACUUCUGUGGGAACAAAUGCUUAAUAAUAUGCAUGGACAAUUAAUUGUCUGAUUUUAGAGAACUGAAUAUAUCUGUAGGUAUUUAAAUCUGUGUUCCUACAAUUCAACAUGUUUUCCUUUAAUUCUGGAAGAACAGACUGUGUAAGAAAGAAUUAAAAAUGUCUACUAUAGCUCAGUUCCACAUAUUCACAAACCUUUAAGUUAAUGACAAUUCCUGAUACAAAAAUCCUUUUCUGUUGUUUGCAGUUGCACAAAAAUGUGAACUGACAUAUAUAAUUAUCCUUGUAUUUAGAAAAUACUCUUGCUCAAAGCUAAGUGAUACUAAACACUGCAAAUUCAUUGCAUAUUGGCUAAAUUUAGAUUUGAGAAUGCCAGUAUAAUUAGAAUUUGGUAACACAUUUUUACUUUCUAUAUUUCAGUGUGAAUUUUAAUUUUCCAUUGAGAAAGGACAUUCCAGAGGAGGAAGUACCAAAAAAAAAAAAAAAAAAAAAGAAAACAUUAAGUUUAGCAGUAUUUAGCAAAUUUUAACUCAGGAACAACUUCCAUUGUAACAUGAAUUUAUUUUACGUUGUGUUGUAAAGGGUAGCACUGCUGUGUAAAGUUACUGACACUUCAGUACCUGUGAUUCUUACUUCUGACAGUACCCUUCUACUGAUAUCUAAUGAACAUGCCUUAAACAUUGGGAUUAAGCAGUUGUUAAAUAUGACCAGGACCUAGGGACUGAUUUUGGUCAAGGUGGAUUGGGAUGAUGAAGCUUUUUUUUAAAAAAAAAAAAAAAAAAAAAAAAAAAAAAAAAAAAAUUAAAAUUAAUACUGUAUGUAGCUUUUGUCCUUAGCUCUAGUGCAGAGAACGAGAUUCAGGCUUUUGGGAACCAAGGAAUAUCUGAUCUUUUUUCUUUUACAAUUUGUUAUACUGUAUAUAGAUUGUAAAUUUCACCAUGUGACUUUCUGAAUUGUUGGGAACUUUAUAUAAGCAUGGAUAAAUGGGGCACUGUUUAUUUAACCUAUUAAAGGGUUAUUUUCUUUGCUCUCAUCAUUUAGGGAUGAGGAGAUGAAGCCAUUUCUUAUCCUGUAGAUGUGAAGCACUUUCAGUUCUAAACUGUCCAAAAUGUAGCAUAACAUUUCUCUGUACUUAUUGAUGUAUGCUUGUUUGUCUCACCAUGUCAUGACAUCUUAAAGAUUAAACAACUGACUGCCUUUGUAUAAAUCUUCUUAAUGCCAGUCACUUAGGGAAUAUAGGGUAUCUGUUUACAGUAACUGUGGAGAACUCAAGUUUAGUUUAGAUGUCACAAUAAUAUCCUGAUAUGGACUACGAAAGUGUUUAUGCUACAUUGUUGUAAUUAAACCAUUAUUUCCCCCCUA